AUGGAUAAAUCGGAAAAAAAGGAUAAGAAACAGGAUAGAAAAAGAGACAAUUCAAAGACAGAAGGACAGAUUUUCAAAGGAAAGAUGGAUAUUGUCAAUGAACAAUUGGAAUUACUGGAUAAAAAAGGAAAAUUAUUGGCGGAAGAAGAGGAACAAGUUAGGAAACGAAAAAUGGCUUUGAAUUGUAAUUUUGGAAUUAAGGAAAAAAUAAAGAAAUCAAAUCAUUCUUCAUUACCAUAUAAAAAUGACUUUGAUUUAGAAUUGAAGGAAAAGGAUACAUUUCUACCCACAGCAGUGGUAAGAGUAGCAAUUGGAAAAGAUCAAUUUGUUAAAGCGAGAGCCUUUAUGGACACGGGUGCGCAACCAAAUGGCGUAACUUUUAGCCUCUUUAAUAGCAAAUUGAAGGAAACUUUGAACUCUAUACCAAUGUCCAGGAGGAUGAUAGGUAUAAAUGGACAAACAUUUGAAAUUCGUCAUAAGGUAACUUUGAAAAUUCAUUCAUGGUUUGAAGAUGACAUUUUUGAAAGAGCAGUGUUUUGGAUCAUGCCAAAAGAUGCGUGUUGGGGUUUGUACAUGCCUGAUAAGAAAAUGAAUCCAUUUAAAAUUCAAAACACGAGUGAUUUGCCUUUCGCUGAUCCAAAUUAUUGGCAACCAGAACAAGUUCAUCUGCUCUUUGGAGUCGGGCUGUUUGCUAGGAUCAUUGUAUCUGUGAUUGACAGGACAGUCAAUGGAACAGCAGUCAUGGAGACAAGGUUCGGAGUCAUUAUUUUCGGAAUACAUUCGGAAGAUGAUUUGAACGAACUGGAGGAAAUAAGCAUCGGACAGGCGAAUGCAUUGUCUGAAUAUGAAGACGGCAUUCAUUUGGAUAAAUUAUUGGAAAGACUUUGGAAACAGGAUCAAGUGCAGGAAGCACCAAAGUUAACGAAAGAGCAAAUGGAAGUGGAAAGACAUUUUGUGGAAAACUUCACACGUGAUCAAACAGGAAGAUUCACAGUGCGCAUACCAUUGAAGCCCAAUAUCACUUGUUUCGGAAGCUCAAGAGAAAUCGCUUUGAAAAGGUUCAUGUAUCUGGAAAGAAAGUUUGCGCGGGAGCCAAACAAAAGGAGUAUAUAUGUGGAGAAAAUGCGUGAAUCGAUGCGUUUAGGACAUAUGGUGCAAGUCACACAACAAGCAAAAAUGGAUGAGCUUGUGUAUCACAUACCACACCACUGUAUCGACAAGGAUGAUCGAGUAGUGUUCGAUGCUAGUUGUAAAACGGAUACAGGAGUAUCUUUGAAUAGCAUUCAAAUGUUAGGAGCAAAGCUUCAAAAGGAUUUAUACGAAACAAUCAUGCGGUUCAGGAGACAUAGAGUUGCCGUAUAUGCAGACAUAAGGAAAAUGUUUAACCAAGUGCGAUUGGCAAGAGAUCAAUGGAACUUGCAAAGAAUUUUCUGGAGAGAAAGCUCGGAUGAACCACUACGGGAGUAUUGGUUAACAGUAGUCAUUUUCGGAAAUACUUCAUCCGCAUAUUUAGCGGUCAGAUCAGUAUUGCAAGCAGCUUCGGAAGCAGGAGAAGAACUUCACGAAGCAGCGAAAGCAAUCAAAGAAGACUACUAUAUGGAUGAUUGUGUCACAGGAGCAGACACAGAAGAGGAUGCAAUAAAACUUGCAAAUGAUAUGGAUACAAUCCUGAAAGGAGCAGGAUUUGAGUUGAGGAAAUGGCAAUCAAAUAACAAAGCCAUUAAAAAUGCAUUGGACACAUCGAAUAUUGAAAAGGACAUGCUUUUCAAGGAGGAAGAGGAAUCAGCUGUUUUAGGAUUGAAAUGGCUGAUUGAGGAAGACAAAUUCACAUUUGUAGUGAAAAACCCGGAAUGGAAAGGAAAAGCUACGAAACGUGCAAUAGCAAGUCACGUAGCCCAACUAUAUGAUCCAAAUGGAUAUAUCAACCCAAUCACCAUCAGAGGCAGGAUGCUGAUUCAAGAAUUGUGGAAAGCAAAAGUUGGAUGGGAUGAAGAGUUGGAGGAUAGAUUUGUAAACAAAUGGAUAGAAAUUUGGAAAGACAUUAAAUGUGUGGAACAUUUCAAGAUUGAUAGAUGGCUUAGCACUGGGAAGGAAGCCAAAAUUCAAAUUCAUGGCUUUUCGGAUAGCAGUGAAAGUGCAUAUGGAGCUAACAUUUAUGUUAGAGUGGAAAGAAUAGGAAAGGAAAUAAAAUGUAACCUGCUUACAUCGAAAUCACGUGUUGCACCAGUGAAAACCGUUGCUCUUCCAAGGUUAGAGCUGACUGCAGCUGAACUGCUGGCGAGAUUAGUCAAGGAAGUCACAAAGACGAUGGAAUGGACAGAUGUGGAAACGUUUUUAUGGAUAGACUCAAGUGUCGCCUAUUAUUGGAUAAAAAAGGAACCAUGCACAUUGAAAACUUAUGUUGCAAAUAGAGUGGCAUCUAUUCAGGAGAAUACGGAUAUAGGAUGCUGGCGACACAUUGAUGGGACAGACAAUCCAGCGGAUUUGUUGACAAGAGGAGAGUCACCAACCGGAUUAAUUGAUAAUGAUUUGUGGCUACACGGACCAAGCUGGAUAAGAUUACCGCAAUCAGAAUGGCCAAAAUCCAGAGUCAUGCAACAACCACCGGAAGAAGCAAUAUCCGAGGUAAAGGUAAACUCAUUCAGUGUGUUCAGAGAUCCGUUGAGAAUAGGAAUAAAAGGAACCAAAGAAAGUAUUCCACUCAUUGAUCAU